AGAAAGCAUAGUACGAGUUUAUCUUAUUAUUUUUAUAAAAAUGUUUUAAAAACUAUCCUUAUCUAUAUAAAACAACAUUCAUUUCACAACGGAAGAUAUCGGAAUCGAACGUUUUUUUUAGACGUUUGCAAAACAAAAAGUUAAUAAAAAAGAAUAAUUAAGUUAAUUUUCUGCUUCUACUUAGAAAUUAAUUGCUGUACACUUAGAAGAUUAUAUUUGAGAUACAUAUGAAUAAUUUACAAAAUAUUCAAAGUCUACUACAAAAUGAUGAAGUUUGCAAGGCUUGUAUAGAAGGAAGUUUAGUAACUGAUUGGUCACGAAGUCCAAACUUUUUUGCAAUUGUAUACUCUUCUUCCUUUAAAAAUCAUUGCUUACUUAUCAUCACCCAUCCUGGUAUUGGUUCAAAAGAAGUUAAUAUUCGUUCAAAAUAUGCAUUGGCCAUAGAUGAAAGUUUUGGAUUUAGCACAUCUAAUAAAACAAAUACAGAAAUCCAGUAUCAAGUAUCAUCUGGUUUAACAACAUAUACUGCUGAAUUUACUACUGGCGAAGCCACUAAUACGUUUUUUACAUUACUCUUACAAAUUCAUGGAGUGGCUCUUAUUUCUGAAACAAAUUUAUCAUUUGAUUGGUUAAAAAAAUAUAAUAAAUCAAGUUGUUCAACUGAUGGUAGUUGGCCCUUAAGUGAAAUUAGCAAAAUAAGCUUAUCAACUCCGGUAGUCACUGAUAUAUCUUCGUUUGAUCCUUUUAACAAAGAUGACAACUCAAACAAUGUUGACUUACUUGGAGAUUUUGUGGAUAUUAAACCAUUUGAUCAGAAAUUAGAAAAACCACCAAUCAUAUCGAAUACUAAUGAAAAAGUUUUUGAUCUUAAAGAUUUUGAUCCUCUUUCACAACAAGAAAUAGACCAGAGUAUUAAAUCAGAUCAAAUGAAUUCAGACUUGCUAAAACGAAGUCGUGAAGUGGUUUCAUUAAGACUUUCUUCUGGAAAAUCAUGGAUUGAACAAACCAUCUCACAAGUUUCUUUUGUUUCUAAAGGAAAUGAGGAGGAAAAUAAUAGCAACUCUACAAAUGAUGCUUUCGAUGUUCUUGACAGUGUAGAUGUUUCCAAGUCAGAUAGUCCUCCACUAAGCAUACCAUUAAAUCGCACAUCAACUGAUGUAAAAGGUUUUCGGGCUAGGGAAAAUUAUUUAAGAUUACACAUGGCUGCUAGAGAAAAAGAAUUUACUGACAUUUACCCAUUUAGUGUAUUUACGGGUACUUGGAAUGUUAAUGGACAGUUAGCUAUUGAAUGUCUAAAGCCUUGGAUUGACUGCAAUACUGAACCUCCAGAUGUUUUAGCUAUAGGGUUUCAAGAGUUAGAUUUAAGCGCUGAAGCUCUUGUGUUUAAUGAUUCAAGUCGUGAAGAUUUAUGGAUUAAGGCAAUUGAAAAUGCUUUACCAAAACGAGCUGAUUAUUUCAAGUUAAAACAUGUUCGAUUAGUUGGUAUGAUGCUUGUGGUUUAUGUUCAAACUAAGCAUAAGAUGCAAGUACUGAAUCUUGAAGCUGAAACCAAUGCAACUGGUAUUAUGGGUAUGAUGGGUAAUAAAGGAGGUGUUGCAAUAAGAUUCCAACUACAUAAUUCAACAAUAUGUUUUGUUAAUUCUCAUCUUGCUGCUCAUCAAACUGAGUAUGAACGAAGAAAUCAGGACUAUCGUGAAGUUUAUAAUAAGAUCAAGUUUACACAAUUUCAACCACAUCUGAGUAUUUCUGAUCAUGAUGUGAUAAUUUGGAUGGGUGAUCUCAAUUAUCGAUUUGAAGAAUUAGAUCCUGAUCAAGUUAAAAAGUUGAGUGAUGAUAUGGAUUAUGAUAAGUUAUACUUAAAUGACCAGCUAAAUUGGCAAAGAAGUCUGGGUAAAGUAUUUGAAGGUUUUUCAGAAGGCCAAAUAAAUUUUAAACCCACAUAUAAGUAUGAUCCUGGUACUGAUAAUUGGGAUACGAGUGAAAAAUUUCGUGCACCUGCAUGGUGCGACCGUAUAUUAUGGAAAGGAAAGAAUAUCCAGCAAAUUACUUAUCGAAGUCACGUAGAGUUAAGACUCAGUGAUCAUAAGCCAGUCAGCUCUUUAUUUAACGUUGGUAUCAAAGUUGUUGACCGAUCAAAUGAAAGAAAAGUAUUUGAAGAGAUAGUCAGAAAAUUAGAUAAAAAAGAAAAUGAAUCAUUACCUCAAGUAAAACUUGGCAAAUAUGAUUUUCAGUUUGGUGAUAUAGACUUUAUGAUUGAAAAGAAAGAUAUUAUACCAAUAGCAAAUAUUGGCCAGAGUUUAGUAGAGUUUGAGUUUAUACCAAAGCUAGAUGAAACAGAUGUUACAAAACCAUGGAUAAGAGUGAACCCAUCAUCUGGUUUUAUUAUGCCUGGUGAUGUUACCGAAAUAGAACUAUUUGUAUUAGUUGAUAAAUUAUCUGCACCUCUUAUAAGUUUGGAAAAAUUUCGAGUUGAUGAUAUCUUGGUUCUUCAUUUAGUUGAUGGGAAAGAUUUUUUUAUCACAAUAAGUGGAACAUUCAAACCAAGUGUAUUUGGCUCUUGUCUGCAGUCACUUUGUUAUAUUUAUGGUCCAAUUAGCCAAUUAUCGCUUGAUAAAGUUAUAAAAUAUCAAAAUAAGUCAUCAUCUGAUACUACUGAUGGUAUUUUUGAUAAUAAUGAGCCUCUGGAGAUACCCAAGGAACUUUGGCUACUGAUUGAUCAUCUUCAUAAAUAUGGAAUGACGCAAGAAAACAUUUUGCUGCAAUGUGGCACAGACGAAGAUAUAAUAAAAAUUCAAAAACAUUUAGAUACUGGAACAGGUGGAAAGUUGCCUGGAAGUAUAUUUUCUGUUGGCGAGGCUUUGUUGCUCUUUCUAGAAGCACUUUCUGAACCUGUUAUACCAUACCGCUUUCAGUCAAUUUGCAUUGAUUCUUGUAACAAUUAUGUGCUGUGUAAGCAGAUAAUUUGCCAAAUUCCAGAAUGUCAUGCUAAUGUUUUUCGUUAUUUAACUGCUUUUUUGCGAGAGCUGCUGAAACAAAGUUCUGAAAACAAACUCGAAGCAAAACUUCUCGCGGCGAUAUUUGGAGUUAUACUGUUACGACCAUCCCUUAAACAAACGAAAACGCAAAGCAAAAAGACUCAAAAUCAAAUAGCUCAAAAAAAAGCAAAAUUUGUCUAUCACUUUCUUGUUAAUGACUUUCGUGAUUAACUUUUAUCAAUAGUAGUAAACCUUUUUUAGUUAGCAUUUUAUCUUGAAUGUAUCUUUUAAAUAUUCUUGAACUGCAUUGUUGCAGAAUUCAAGUCAGGGAUUCAGACUGUUAGAGAUAUUGAUGUAACAGAAAAAUAGUUUUUUUUUUUAAAAAAAAAAAAAUCUCAAAAAUUUGUUUCAUAUAGAAAACUUUUAUACA